GUCUUCUGACAGAACAUGACUCACUUCGCGGGCCAGAGGAGGACACCACGUUCACUCAUUUCCAGCCCCUCUCAGACCCGACCCCGGCGGAGCAGUGCCGCCGCCCCUCCUCUCGCUCCCCCCGCUCCCCGGGGAAAGGCUCCCCCGGCCCUGCAGCGCCUCCCUCAGGGCGACGUUCAACGGCGCCGCCCCGCACGCGGCCGCGGCCGAGCCCCGCGCGAGGGCCGCCCCGCCCCGCCCGGCGUGAGGGAGGCACCGCCCCAGCGCCACCGGCCGCGAGCGGCGCGGAGCCCACCGGGGUCGUGGGGCAGGGGCGCUGCCGACGGUCGAGAAGCAAAAAAGUUUAUUGGCAAAUCCCUUCAGCCAGCACGACCUGUGCAUCACCUGUCUUCUAAACAAGCAUCAGCCAUUGCAUUAAACGUUCAGACUGAGUUACCUGGCAGCACUGAAGUAUGUUUGCAGAGUAAAGUUAACUGGUCAUCUGAAAUGACUGAAGUGAAGAUCUUAACUCAAACUGUGAUGCUCUGUCAACCAAAACAACAUGAAUCAGGAGCAAAAAAAGAAAGGAUCCAAUACAGCAGAGAUUUCCUUCUGAAGCUUUCAAGUGUUUCUCUCUCUCAGAAGAAGCCAGAGUUUCUUCCUGAUCAUCCAGUUGUACUUGAGAAGCCAGUAAAGAACAAACCUUUUAUUGACAUAUGCAAGAAGUGACAUGUUGUUUGGAAGAUCAGAAAUCCAUCAAUGAAGGAGCUACAUAUGAUGUAGGUCUUCAAAAUUUUUGAAGGUAUUUGGGUGCCUGCAGAUGGAAAUAGGACCCUGUGAAAUUUUAGAAAAUGCCUGUUUCUUCCUGUCAUUGCCCAAAUGCUUUAAGAGACAAACCUUUAAUUUGUAAUGCCUGAGAUGGUAAUAUGAUUACAAUGAAAAUAAAUAAUUUUGCAUAUUGCUGUGGCAGAA